GUGAAUCUCAUUGUUCUACCCAGCUGGUAACCGAUCAAGAGAGACGCGAAAGAUCCGAAGAUGGCGACCGUAGACGAGAGUCCUUCCGCUAAGAGAUGGCUUCCUCUUGAAGCAAACCCAGAUGUCAUGAAUCAGUUUCUAUGGGGUCUCGGUCUUCCACCAGACGAAGCGGAAUGCAAUGAUGUGUUUGGCUUGGACGAAGAACUUCUCGAAAUUGUCCCCAAGCCUAUUCUUGCUGUUCUCUUCCUCUACCCCAUCACCCAGAAGAGUGAAGAAGAGAGAAUCCAACAGGACAAGGAAAUCAAGGAAAGGGUGCAUAGUGAUAGAGUUUACUUCAUGAAGCAAACUGUGGGAAAUGCUUGUGGAACGAUCGGACUUCUUCAUGCUGUUGGGAAUAUAACCUCCGAAAUCAAGCUCUCCGAUGGAUCUUUCUUGGAUAAGUUCUUCAAAUCCACUGCAACCAUGAACCCUUUGGAGCGUGCAAAGUUUCUUGAGAAUGACAGACAAAUGGAAGAUGCUCACUCUGUAGCUGCCACAGCUGGUGAUACGCAGGCUUCAGAUAACGUCGACACUCACUUCAUCUGCUUCACAUGUGUAGAUGGUGAACUGUAUGAACUCGAUGGGAGAAAGUCAGGACCGAUUUCGCACGGCGCAUCCUCUCCAUCCUCCCUGCUGCAGGAUGCGGCUAAAGUGAUAAGGAGCAUGAUAGAGAAGAACCCUGAUUCUCUCAACUUCAACGUGAUGGCCAUCUCCAAGAAGACCACCAACGCCUGAGAGAUUUUUCAGUGUUUACUGUUUGGAAGAAGAGUUCACAUGGAGCUUCCUUUUUUUUAUCACAAGACUUUGGUUUUGCUUUUUUUUUUUUUUGUUUGGUCGUUGAUGUUAAAACUAGGAAAGGACCGCACGUGUUUUUUGUGUUAGGGAAUAGGGAUGGUGGAACCAAUAACAAAUGUGAAGUUUGAACCCUUUCCUGCUUUU